AUGAAGACCCACGCAGAACGGCGUGCAGCGCGGGCUGCUAUAGAGGAGCAACGUAGAAGGGUGCAAGGCGAGAGGGCUUAUCGAGACUGGUUGAGGACGAGCAAGAACAAGCCAUUGCCCGUGCCUCUCAACCAAGGAGAACUAAGUAUGCGGGGUUCCGUAUCUCAGAUGUAUAUUAAUCCAGUCCCUUGGCAAUCUACGACUUGA